GCAGUCGCGAUUCGAUGACGACGUGCCGUCGAGAACAUAUAUAUACACCAUUUAGUAAAUGUGUGCAAUGAGAACGGUGCGUAUACGCCGCGUGUGCCCGCGCCUGCAACCAACUGUUGAUUCCGUUCCCAAAAGGAUUAGGCAACAGAUCAGCCAAAUCAUCUGCGGCACUCAGAGCCGAACAAAGUCACCCUGACGAAGCCUACGAACGAGUCGAUUGAAGGCGAAAUUUGGUUGGGUGAAAACGUUUAGCUCUGCACUGAAAAAACACGUUGUCCACGAAAAUAAUACAAAUAUGAAACAAAACUUAUUUAAAUAGUGGAUAUUAAACACAAAAACUAGAACACGAUCUAGUCUACAAAGAAACCCAACAAGUGCUUAAGAAAGCUCUCAAGGCAUUUAUAAGAAAUCGACCAGAAUUUUUGUGUUGCAUUUAAGCAAACCAAACAAUACAGUGAAACAACACAUUAACAAUUAACACAACAAGGAAAAUACGCUAAAACGUUCCUGCGCAAACUGGUAAGGGAUAUUUUAAUGUUUGGAAUCAACAAUGAGCAAGUGUAGACAGCUCAAGCAUCACAUCUGGAAUAAUUAAAACAAUAUUGACUGGAAUCGGUUAUGGACUGGUUACUAGCAACUCCGCAGUUGUACAGCGCCUUCUCCUCAUUGGGUUGUCUGGAGGGUGAUACCUACGUGGUCAAUCCGAAUGCAUUAGCCAUUCUAGAGGAGAUCAACUAUAAGCUCACGUAUGAGGACCAAACGCUCCGCACCUUUCGACGUGCCAUUGGAUUUGGACAGAAUGUGAGGUCCGAUCUGAUACCGCUGCUGGAAAAUGCGAAGGACGAUGCGGUGCUGGAGUCGGUCAUCAGGAUACUGGUGAACCUGACGGUGCCGGUGGAGUGCCUGUUCUCCGUGGACGUGAUGUACCGCACGGAUGUGGGUCGGCACACCAUCUUCGAGCUGAACAAGCUGCUGUACACCAGCAAGGAGGCCUUCACCGAGGCCAAGAGCACCAAGAGCGUGGUGGAGUACAUGAAGCACAUCCUGGAAUCGGACCCCAAGCUGUCGCCGCACAAAUGCGAUCAGAUCAACAACUGCCUGCUGCUGCUGCGGAACAUCCUGCACAUCCCGGAGACCCAUGCCCAUUGUGUGAUGCCCAUGAUGCAAUCGAUGCCCCACGGCAUCUCCAUGCAGAACACGAUUCUGUGGAACCUAUUCAUCCAAAGCAUUGACAAAUUACUCCUCUAUCUGAUGACCUGUCCGCAGCGAGCCUUCUGGGGUGUCACCAUGGUGCAACUGAUUGCUCUGAUCUACAAGGACCAGCAUGUCAGCACCCUCCAGAAACUGCUUAACAUCUGGUUCGAAGCCUCCCUGUCGGAGAGUUCAGAGGAUAACGAGAGUAAUACCUCGCCGCCCAAGCAGGGCAGCGGCGACUCCAGUCCCAUGCUGACCUCGGAUCCCACCUCCGAUUCCUCGGACAACGGCAGCAAUGGCCGUGGAACGGCGGCCACCUUGCAGGAGGUGAGCCGAAAGGGCCAGGAGUACCAGAAGGCCAUGGCCAGAGUGCCGGCCGACAAGCCCGAUGGUUCCGAGGAGGCCAGCGACAUGACCGGGAACGACAGCGAGUUGCCAGGAUCCCCGGAACAAUCGCAGCCCGCCGGAGAGUCCAUGGAGGACGGCGACUACGAGGAUCAGCAGCGAAUGCAGCGGGACGAGGAGGACGAUGAAGACGAAGAUGAGGACGAAGCGGAGGAAGAGGUGUACCUGCGAAUGGCUGCCGCCUCGGAACCCUUGAACCUGACACAACAACCAGCUGACAAGGUCAACCACACUACCAUCCCGACGUCCAGUUCGAAUGGAUGCUUGGGCAACGAGCCGUUCAAGCCGCCACCGCCUCUGCCAGUUAGAGCCUCCACCUCGGCCCAAGCUCAAAUGCACCAGUACCACGAGUCGUCGUACACGUCCCACGUGUCGGCGGUCAAAUUGGGCCAAAAGUCGCCACAUGCCGGCCAACUUCAGUUGACCAAGGGCAAGUGUUGCCCCCAGAAGCGCGAGUGCCCCUCCUCGCAGUCUGAGCUAUCGGAUUGCGGUUAUGGCACCCAGGUGGAGAACCAGGAGUCCAUCUCCACCUCCAGCAACGAUGACGAUGGCCCACAGGGCAAGCCGCAGCACCAGAAGCCACCGUGUAACACGAAACCGAGGAACAAGCCACGCACGAUUAUGUCGCCAAUGGACAAGAAGGAGCUGAGACGCAAAAAGCUGGUCAAACGCAGUAAGAGCAGUCUGAUCAACAUGAAAGGUCUGGUGCAGCACACACCCACCGACGAUGAUAUCUCCAAUCUGCUGAAGGAGUUCACCGUGGACUUUCUCCUCAAGGGCUACAAUUACCUGGUGGAGGAGCUCCACAUGCAACUGCUUUCCAAUGCGAGCAAGAAGGUGCCCAUUGAUACGUCGCACUUUUUCUGGCUGGUCACGUACUUCCUGAAGUUUGCGGCCCAAUUGGAACUGGAUAUGGAGCACAUCGACACUAUCCUCACCUAUGAUGUAUUGAGCUACUUGACCUAUGAGGGCGUGACCCUUUGUGAGCAGCUGGAACUAAAUGCCCGGCAGGAGGGAAGCGAUCUGAAGCCCUAUUUGCGAAGGAUGCACUUGGUGGUGACGGCCAUCCGGGAGUUCCUCCAGGCCAUCGAUACCUACAACAAGGUUACCCAUCUAAACGAGGACGAUCGAGCUCAUUUGAGGCAGCUCCAGUUGCAGAUUAGCGAAAUGUCCGAUCUGCGGUGUCUUUUUGUGCUCCUGCUGAGACGGUUCAAUCCCAGCAUUCAUUCCAAACAGUAUCUCCAGGACCUGGUGGUUACCAACCACAUACUCCUCCUCAUUUUGGACAGUUCGGCCAAACUUGGUGGAGGUCAAUCGAUUCGCCUCUCAGAGCACAUAACACAGUUUGCCACCCUGGAAGUAAUGCACUAUUAUGGCAUCCUGUUGGAGGACUUUAACAACAAUGGAGAGUUUGUCAACGACUGCAUCUUCACCAUGAUGCAUCAUAUAGGUGGUGAUCUGGGCCAGAUUGGUGUGCUAUUUCAGCCGAUUAUUCUGAAGACCUAUUCCAGAAUUUGGGAGGCGGACUACGAACUGUGUGAUGAUUGGUCCGAUCUCAUCGAGUAUGUCAUACACAAGUUCAUGAACACUCCUCCGAAAUCACCACUCACUAUUCCAACCACUUCUUUGACUGAAAUGACCAAAGAACACAAUCAGGAACAUACCGUUUGCUCGUGGUCGCAGGAGGAAAUGGACACCCUGUAUUGGUAUUAUGUGCAGAGCAAGAAGAACAAUGAUAUUGUGGGAAAAAUAGUGAAACUCUUCAGCAACAAUGGAAAUAAGUUGAAAACUCGGAUUUCGAUAAUCCAACAACUUUUGCAGCAGGAUAUUAUUACCCUGUUGGAGUACGAUGACCUGAUGAAGUUCGAGGAUGCUGAGUAUCAGAGAACCCUGCUGACCACACCCACAUCCGGAACUACAGAGUCGGGAAUAGAGAUUAAAGAGUGUGCUUAUGGCAAACCCUCGGAUGAUGUGCAGAUCCUGCUCGACCUGAUCAUCAAGGAGCACAAGUCGCAGCACCUGUUGUGGCUGCAGAAGAUCCUGAUCGAGUGCUGUUUCGUCAAGCUGACUUUGAGGAGUGGCCUCAAGGUUCCGGAGGGAGAUCGCAUCAUGGAACCGGUGGCCUACCACUGCAUCUGCCAACAGAAGUCCAUACCCGUGGUGCAGUGGAACAACGAGCAGUCCACCACGAUGUUGUACCAGCCAUUCGUACUGCUGCUCCACAAGUUGGGCAUCCAAUUGCCGGCGGACGCGGGGUCGAUCUUCGCCAGAAUUCCGGACUACUGGACGCCGGAGACGAUGUACGGACUGGCCAAGAAGCUGGGACCCGUGGACAAACUCAACCUCAAGUUCGAUGCCAGCGAGCUGGAAGAUGCCACCGCGGCGAGUCCUGCGCGGUACCACCACACCGGGCCGCGCAACUCCCUCAGCUCGGUGAGCAGCCUGGACGUGGACCUGGGCGAGCCGGAGGAGCUGGCCCUCAUCCCCGAGGUGGACCCGGCCGUGGAGAAGGCCCACGCCAUGGAAUCGACGCCCCCGCCCAGCGAGAUCUUCGCCGUGCCCAAGACCAAGCACUGUCAUUCGAUCAUCAGAUAUACGCCCGAUCCCACGCCUCCAGUUCCCAACUGGCUGCAGUUGGUCAUGCGCAGCAAAUGCAAUCAGCGCUCAGGUCCGCCUGGUGAUCCCAGCGAUUGCAUGGGAUCCUCGUCGACAACCAUGGACGAUGAGGGAUUGGGGAAGUCGAUCAGUGCGGCCACCUCGCAGGCGGCGAGCACCUCGAUGAGCUCCGUGAAUCCGACCACCACUCUGAAGAUCAGCAUGCUGAACACGUUUAUGGGGAGCCACAACGAGAACAGCAGCAGUUCGGGAUGCGGGGGCACCGUGUCCUCGCUGUCCAUGGUGGCUUUGAUGAGCACGGGAACGGCGGGAGGCGGAGGAGGCUCCUCCGGACUGGACAUGGAUGUGGAUGCCUCGAUGAAGUCCUCGUUCGAGCGACUGGAGGUCAACGGAUCGCACUUCUCGAGGGCCAACAACUUGGACCAGGAAUACAGUGCCAUGGUGGCAUCUGUGUACGAGAAGGAAAAGGAAUUAAACAGCGACAAUGUCUCAUUGGCCUCGGACCUGACCAGAAUGUAUGUGAGCGAUGAGGACGAUCGACUCGAGCGAACCGAGUUCCGGGUGCCCCACUAUCAUUGAGGAUCCGAUCCGAUCCGGUAUCCCGAAUCCCGAAUCCCGAAUCCCACCAGCCGGAAUGAUUUGUACCUUAAUCAAGUGAAUCGUAACGUAACCUUUAAUAUCACCCAGCACAAGGAUUGUAAAUUGUAUGACCUCCAAAUGCAAAAGUAUACCUGACUAAUUAGCUACGCAUAAAGUGCAUUAUAUGGUUAAAGAAAAGUCUAAUCACAAAUCAAUGAGAAGUGCAUUAUAUGGUUAACAGCUGAGAGGCUCUGUAGAUUCUAUCCCUGUCGUUAGAUAUCCUUAAGUUAACCUUAGUUUUCAAUUACCACAUACAAAUAUGUAAAUGGGCAGUUCCUCGUUGAAAUAGUGCAAAUAUACACAGAUAAAUCUAUUUACACGAGUAAGAAUGAAGAGCGUCCGCAUCCGCACUCCAUCUGUAUGUAUAUCCUUAGUCAUAAGUUAUGCUUAGCAGUAAUAAAGCUUUCUCUGUAGCCAAAGCCACAAA